UGUUGUGUUUGUUGCUGGAAAACAGAAACUGCGUGAGGUGACAAAAUUUUCCCUCGCUCGUCUGUAAGUAAAUAGCAAUGCUUUUGUAAACCGCCGCGACUAGAGAGACAAUAGAUUGGAUUAUGUCGUUAAUGCCGGGCUCGAAGCAGAAGGACAGGCGCAUAUUGUGCGGGAUGUGCCCGGACCCGCAGUGCCAGGCGAAGCUCUUCUUCCCCGCGCACACCUCCAUCAGCAUUGAGUGCACCGAGUGCGGACAGAGACACGAGCAGAAAAACCUCGCAAACGUGGAAGAAGUGACCGACCCAGAUGUAGUGCUCCAUAAUCUGCUAAGAAAUGCUUUGCUGGGUGUGCCGGGCCCUCCAAAAAAGGGCUUCGAGCUGGUUAAAGUGAUGGGACUGUCCAAUUAUCACUGCAAGUUGAUCUCACCCAUACUAACACGCUACGGAAUGGACAAACAGACGGGCACUGCCAAACUUCUUAAGGAAAUGAAUCAGGGAGACAUUUUCGAAUGCUCACUGCUUGGUGACAGGGCAUUUCUCAUUGAGCAAGAGCACGUACCUACUGUAGGCUAUGGCAGGGACCGGUCAGGGAGCUUGAUCUAUUUGCAUGACACUUUGGAGGAGAUAAAGAAAGCAAACUCAAAUAGAGAGUGUCUCAUUCCCGUACACGUGGAUGGAGAUGGUCACUGCCUGGUCCACGCUGUGUCCAGGGCCUUAGUUGGGCGAGAGCUCUUCUGGCAUGCCCUUAGAGAAAACCUAAAACGUAACUUUAAGCAGAACAUUGACCGCUACAAAGCUCUUUUCCAGGACUUUAUAGAUGCAGCAGAAUGGGAAGAUAUAAUUAAUGAGUGUGACCCAUUAUUUGUCCCUCCUGAGGGCGUUCCGUUGGGUUUACGGAACAUUCACAUAUUUGGCCUGGCAAAUGUGCUUCAUAGACCCAUAAUCUUGCUGGACUCCCUGAGUGGAAUGCGUAGCUCGGGCGAUUACUCUGCCACCUUCCUGCCGGGUCUGGUCCCCGAAGAGCAGUGUCGGGGAAAGGAUGGCACUCUAAACAAGCCCAUUUGCAUUGCAUGGAGCAGCUCAGGCCGAAAUCACUAUCUACCCUUAGUGGGCAUUAAGGGCAUGCCUUUGCCCCAUUUACCUGCUGCGCUGCUGCCAAAAGCAUGGGGUGUUCCUCAGGAGCUGAUACGCAGGUACGUGAGUCUGGACUUCAGCGGCAACUGUGUAAUUGGGGGCGACCGCAGCCUGCAGGAUAAAUACCUGCUACGACUUGUGGCCGCCAUGGAAGAUGUCUUCAUGGACAAGCAUGGCAUCCACCCAGCACUAGUCACGGAUGUUCACCAAUACAUAUAUCGACGUACUGGAGUGAUUGGCGUGCAGCCUGAGGAGGUGACUGAAGCGGCGAAGAAAUCUGUUCAGGAGAACCGUAUGCACCGUUGCCUAGUCUGCAAUGCCCUCUCGGAGCUUCAUGUGCCAGCUGAGUGGCUCAUACCUGGAGGGAAGCUCUACAACCUGGCCAAGUCCACUCAUGGGAAGCUGCGAGGGGAUAAAAACUACAGCUUUCCUCUGAAUAGUGUGGUAUGUUCUUACAACCCAGAAAAAGAUGUGCUAGUGCCUGACUACAGACUCAGCUCUCUCGCGGCCUGCACCUGGUGUCAUGGAACCUCAGUUCGUCGCGUCCAUGCAGACGGUUCUGUGGUGUAUUUGGAUGGAGAUCGCACCAACACGCGCUCACAGGGUGGGAAAUGUGGUUGCGGGUACAAGCACUUUUGGGAGGGGAAAGAGUAUGACAAUCUACCUGAAGCCUUCCCUAUUACUCUAGAGUGGGGCGGCCGUGUGGUCCGUGAGACUGUUUAUUGGUUCCAAUAUGAGUUGGAUCCACCGCUUAACAGUAACGUUUAUGAUGUGACCAUGAAGCUUGUCACAAAGCACUUCCCGGGUGAAUUUGGCAGUGAGAUCCUAGUGCAGAAAGUGGUAAACACUAUUUUGCAUCACACAGCUAAGAGAAGCCAAGAUGAGUACAACCCAGUUGCCAUAGAGGGUGCUCACGUGCAGGACGGGGGAGAUCCGUGUGCUCACCCUCCUUCUAAAAUCAUCCUGACAGGACAGAAGGCCAAAACGCUGCAUAAGGAGGAGCUGGUGAUGAGCAGAACUGAGAGGGUCUUGCAGCACAGCAUUAGCGAGCAGGCAGCCCUCUCCCAGCGUCGUAGUACAGACCGUGUGCGCCAGCAGGACAAGGCCUCAGAUCCUCGCCCAUCAUCUCCAUUGACUUCAUCAUCCUCAGCUCCUCCCACGCCCACUAAAGCGCCGCCCACUAGUGGAGAGAAGAAGAUACGCGUAACGACUAGCGAUGGGCGGCAGUCAAUGCUUACUUUACAGCCAAACACCACCUACAGUGAACUGCAAAACUCCAUUGUCCAGGCCUUCGGCCUGCCACCGGGCCAGCUGUGCAUCCGACAUGGCUUCCCACCACGAGAGCUGCCUCCACCAUGCCCAGAAGACCAGAAUCAGCCUGUCGCUCUCCAGCACGGUGACCGCAUCUCUGUGGAAGGGCUGAAAGUGAGCUCAUCUGAUACUCCGAUGACUCAAACACACACUCGCGCACCUCAAACACACGCUCAGUCUGACCCACGUCUCAAUCAUGCCAGCACCAGGGAACUCCAGGACAACAUUGACCUUGAGAUGUCAUCACUCUGUCUCCUAGCAGCGCUCAUGGGUGAAGAUGUCUGGUCAUAUGCCAAGAAACUGCCUCAUCUGUUCCAGCAAGGAGGAGUCUUCUACAACAUUGUCAAGAAAGACAUGGAUAUGCUGGAUGGAAAGCACUGCACUCUGCCACAUUUGACGGGUAAGACAUUUGUAUUCAACGCAGCAGCGGAGCGUUUGGAGCUGUGUGUGGAUACCGCUGGACAUUUUCCUGUGGGCCCUGAUGUGGAGGACCUCGUCCAGGAUGCCGUGUCUCAGCUCCGCACAGAUGCAGCAUCCCGUAGCCGUGAGGGAAGCCCUGCCCACAGCCUGCGAUUAGGCGCUGGUGGCGCAGUGCGUAGGAAAGAGCAGAUAGUUACUGCUUUCCAAGGCAAAGGCCACUCGUUGGGUUCUGCCCCUCCUGAACACUCACCAAUAAGGCGGCAGCACAGCAGUGGAGUGGAUCUCAGCGGCAGCGUUCAGAAGGAGGAGCUAGCAUUGUCAGGGGAGGAUUUGGUGCGUUUAGCCCCAGGCAUGCUCACUUUGCGUGAGGGCCGUGGUAUGGGGCUGGAGCCUGCUGUGAUCGAGGCCCAGCGGCAACGCCUGCAGGAGAUGGUCUCAAACAUACAGGCAUCUAUGGACAAACACCUGCGCCAGCACGCCACAGCAAGGCAUGAUGACAAGGAAGAAGAGACUCCUGUCAAACAAGAGGAGAUGGAGAGUCAUGGGGCGGAGCAUCCCAGCACUUUUGAGCCCAUGGACCAAUCCUGAUGCUUUAUUACCCUUGAAGCAGAGUGAGCUUUCUUUAUGGCAAAACACACUCACAUACACAAACACUGUGAUCCAACUGACCAAUAAUGGUGCAGCAGAUUUACUGAGUGAUUAUUUACUGAUUCAAGUGUUGGCUCUCUCAUCUACCCAAAAUACUUCCAUCAAAGUGCACAAUAAUUCAAUGUCACCCCUGGGCUUUGCUAGUAUGCAUAUGCAUAGUACUUAAAUAAUGAAAGUGCACUUUAACCUUCAUGUUGAGUAUACGGCUCUGUUAUCAAACCAUAAUUACAACCCAAAGUUAACUAAUUCUUAACAAUGAGGCUAAACUUCAGUCCUGUUUGCAUCAGGUAGUUGAGUUGAUGGGUCUUUAUGUGUGUGUACCAAGUAUGGAGCACAUCUGAAGGGACAGUUUAUCCUUUAUUUUCACAGUUUUGGAACAAACCAGGUGUCUGAUGUCAGCCCAGUGAUCGGGUUGUGUCUUGCUCAUGUCUAACCUGUAUUACCCAUAAUGCACUGCCGUUAGACUCAGUCCAAAGAACACUAAAUAAUAAAGCCUAGAAAAAAUAGUAUCGUAUUUACAGUUUACUUAAACACACACACAAACAUCUAAUGGCUGAUCAGCAUAGUGUAGCCCUUUAGAUUGUCCAUACAUAAGAUAACUGUUUUUUGUUCUAUAUUUUUCCUGCUGGCCUUUUGAACUCUUAUGUCAGUGUUGCCUUUUGUGAAACCCACUGCCAUCAGGGGUUAGCGGUCAGGGUCGCACUUCCAGAGGCUUCUUAUUUGACACAGUUUGGUUUUGUUGUGCCCUUUGGCCUGUCCUUCUUUUCAAACACUGUUCAGAAUCAUUUUACUUUGUACUGGAAUAUAAUCUUAGGACAAAGAUUUUAGCAAAACGUAAACUAAAAGUAGCAGAGUGGGUGAUAUUUUCAGGAUAUUUUUAUUACUGCACUCAAUAAUAUUGUUACUUGUGGUAGUCUAUGCUAAUCCACCAAUAACAAGCUUAUGUAGAGAACAGUAAAGUGUUUGGAUAAACAUCUUUAUCUGUCCUAGACCAAUUUUGGUCAUCUUUGCAACUAACUAACUAACCAAACAAACCAAAACGUGUUCACAAGUAACCCUGAUCAUUAGAGCUAUGAUCUUUACGCUUCAGUCAUAGGGUAGAGAAUAUACCUGAGAAGUUGUAGAAACUCUCUUUAAUACUCAUUGAAAAUUCAAAAACAGGUGAAUGAACCUGUGAUUAACAGCCUUAUUUAAUCCCCUGCCCUUAUCUGCAGUGUUUUCGCAUGACACAAUUUCAUAAUGGUGCCGUAUGUUAGACGAUCAGUUUCCAAAGAGUAAUGGAAUGUAGCUUGACCUUGAUUUAAUCUGAGGUCAAAGGUCAAGUGCAUGUUUUAUCCUCUUGAAUGAAGAUGUUGGGAGGCCUGAUAAGCUUUUUAAAUGGUUGGUUUUUGAUUUUAAGUCAACAACAAUAUCUUUACCAGAGCACUUUUCUGUGUGUGUGUGUGUUUUUUUUCUGGAUUAUGUUCAGCUCUUGAACAUAAUUUAUAUUGUCAGUGUAAAGGGCAGCACAAACAAGGUUUACUGCUUCAUGUAACAGACUCAAGCGCAGAUUAUUACUCUGUGACUGCUGCCCUUAUGAUGUAUUUUAUUCCGGUGUACAAUAGUGGUAUAUAUUGUAUUAUACUUUCAGCUGUACAGAUAUUGAAUCAGUUUUGUUUUUUGGAUCGUAUCUCCUCUGUUUUUUUUAAUGAAACAGUUGGAUGAUUCUACACAGCUGAGAAUCUGCUGUUUGCAUGCGUAAUUUUCAGCCUAACAACAAUAAAGUUAUUCCAUCUGUAUGAAAUGUUCACUUUUUCUGAUUCAUGCUUUAAGGAACAAUAUGAAUUUGUUUCACUAACAUAUUUCCUCCAUUAUUGUUCAAGUAAAAUUGAUUAUUGCCAGGGUUACACAAAGAUGCUGCUUCAAUAAAUAGUCAUUUUUAGAUAGC